AUGGAGGACGACUCAUCUUCCCAGCGAACGGCGACGAGUAUGUCCUCAAAGACUCGAAGCUCCCAGCCGCCGAAUUCCCAGAAACAAAUGAGUAGCCGCCGACCGCAAAUCUUGUAUGGCGUCCAUCCACCCGCCAACCGCCGACGGCUACGGCGUCCAUCAAGCUCACAAACGAGCAACAACUCCAUCACGAACGGAAACCCGUUGGCUCAACAGGGCCGGUCGACUGUCAAUUCAAUUUUUACAACGACAUUCCACCCUUUUGGCAAGAAGAAUCCAUACCAAGACUUGUCUGAUAAAAGAUGGCAAGAUCAUAAACUUUUCAUCAAUUGA